UACUACUGAAACGACGCCGAUCAACCCAGAAAAUGUAAAUUUCCCCAAUCUGACAAAUUUACGAUGCAGAUGCAGAUGUCUGCAUAUCCUUCACAGGAAUUUAGACCUUUAAAGAAACCUAGAUUGGGACCGCCAGAUGUAUAUCCACAAGAACCCAAACAGAAAGAGGAUGAACUUACAGAGAAAAGUGUUAAACAUGGGUUUAACAACACACAGAUGUAUAACAUGGACGAGUAUGGGUCAGCAAGAAGAGAGAACAUCAGUGAAGAAAAGUUUGGAUCAGAAUUUAUUGCUCUACUUAACAAGAAGAAAGAAUACAACACAUUUCAAGAUACCUCCAAAAAGAAACAACAGCCAUCCAAAGAUAAUUUCUGGCCAGCUGCAAAGAACAAGAGUGCGAUGGAAGCAUGGUUUAAAGAUUUAGCAGGAAAUAAACCCUUACACCAACUUGGUAAAAAGGUGCCAACUUUUAACAAGAAAGAAGAGAUUUUCUCCACGCUGUGUGAAUACAACAUACCCAAUUAUAAAUGUGCCUGGUUUAUAAAAAUGACAGGAGCUUACAAUGUUGCCAUGCAGGAAAAUAAAACAAAAAAGAGGCAGGCAGUUGAUCAGUCUGUUGAAUGGUCCCAUUCCAUGAUGAAAUACUUAAACGACCAGCUACAGAAAAUAAACGAGCCUCAUCACAGUGCUCCAGGUGGACCAACCUCAGGGUUCCUAACAGUCCAGUCAGUACAGCCAGCUUAUAAAGUGGACCAAGAUCUAGCACAGAAACAGUGGCAGUUUGGUUGUAAAUUGGCCAGGCAUUUGUGUGAUGAAGGAUUACUAGACAGACAUGAAUUUUUGACAUGGAUAAUUGACAGCCUGGAGAAACUAAAACAGCCUGAUGACACAGUUAUAAAAAUGAUCCUUACACAAGUGUUAGAGUAUUUAGAUGAGAUAACAAUGUCAGUGUUACUGUCCAGAAAGUUAGCACAUUAUUCCUGUAAAAAGAUUGCCACUCUAUGUAGUGAAUCAGAGUUGUCUGUCCCUAGAACAGAUUCACCUAUGCUGGCUGCCAAUGGACAAGGGAUGACUUCAGCCAAUAAUGGACAGAUACUUCCACCACAACCCAAUCCUCUAAACGCUGUGUUCCAGCAGUAUAUCAACUGUCCACAACACCGUGGGAUCAUACUCAGUCUCAGUGCUAUUGCACAAUACAUCACUCUUCUCUGUCCUACUGCACUGGUGUGGAAUAACCUGGGGGAGGGUCGAAGUACCCAUAUCAUGUGUGCAUCCCCAUUAGACUUGUUACCUUGUCCCCCAUCAGCCCUUCCAAUGCCAGAUAAUCCACAGCGUUCACAGAUAAGGGCCCAGUUGAGGACAGCAGAAAACCAGAUCAGGGUUAGAGGAAGAGGUGCCGAAAUGAAAUGGUCCUCUGAUAAAUGUCAACAAUCCACCAGGGGAUGUGUGUAUAUAUGUGGUCAUACCAUUGCCAAAGUGUUAGAUGUUCUGGAUACCUUGGACAGACAUAACUUCCACAAAGUACAGACUGACAGCUCCUUAGACACACUGUAUGAUCAAAUAUUUACUGCAAACUUACACAAAGAUGGAAAUGAGACAUUUGGUAGUUUGGAACCAAUAAUAAACCUUCUAAUUGACUGGGCUGUCAGUACACAAAGGAGUGGGAACUAUAGGGCUGUUGUAGUAGCUAAACUGAUGGAGAAAUUACAGAAUGAACUCAGGAGUGAGAAAUAUGGUGAAUCUGAUAUGUUGACUGAUAAGGAUUCAGUAGCAUCAGAUACAUUAGUUCCCAUGGAAACACCUGUCUUCCAGAAUAUUCUGUUCCAGUUUCUGGAUGAAAGAGCAUCUUGUUUAGAUGAGAAUCCAAAUGAGGAAAACAAACAAGGUUUUGCUAAUUUGAUAAUGUUAUUUUGUGAGCUGAUUCGCCAUGAUGUAUUUUCCCAUGAUUCUUAUAUGUGCACUUUGAUAUCACGAGGAGAUCUAUCUUCGUCACCUGACCUUAUGUCCUCUAUGGCAGAGAGUAUAGAUAUAUCAAGUGUUAAAAGUCAGAACGAAAGCAUCAGGAACGAGGUUGAGACAAUAGAUAAUUACCUGAGUCUUUUUGAAAAGCCACAAGAAGAUAUAAAGAUUGACUUUGAUAUUCACAUGGACAGUGACUUUGGUAGUUUGUUUGGUCCUGUGGUUAAGGAAGAACAGAAGACUAGUCCAGAACAACCGGCCUCAGUAAAAUCUGUGAAGUCUGAAAAGGAACAGGUAACGGUUCAGAACCAUGAAUCUGUACAAACACCAAAAGGACCAUCAAGGCACAUGUUGUAUGCUCAACAUUUCCCCAUUCCUCAAGAUGAAAUGUCCUCACACGAAUGUAACCAAAGGAUGACUGUAUUGUAUGGUGUAGGUAAAGCUAGGGAUGAGGCCAGACAUAUUGUCAAAAAAGUGACCAAAGAAACAUUGAGAUUAUUCAGCAAAAAGAAUUGUAUUGAUGUCAGCAGUGGAGAUCUUGGUAAAAACAAGAAGAAGAAAGAUAAAGAAAUAGGAGAGGCCAGUUCAGUUCAGUCUGCUACAAACUUUGAAAGUAUUUUUGAAGGGAUUUUUAACAAAUUUCAGAAACUGUCGUAUUAUGAUCAGCAUGUUGUAACUCAUUCAUGUGUGACAGCUGUUCUAGAACAGAUAAAUGGAUUUGUGAAUGAAAACUCAGACUACCUCCCUUUAGUGGAGAAUAUUUCUUUCCUAAUUGAUCUAAUGGAAUAUUCGUGUAAUAUUUAUGGCUUGCUGGAAUUUUCUGUUCAGCUGUUGAAAGAUCUGAGUAGUGCCGAUGACAAGUUAGUAGAACUGAAGUCAGCCUUACGUGGAAGCUACACUACAUCUCUAUGUCUCUGUAUAGUUGGUGUGUUUAGAAAAUAUCAUGCCUAUCUACUAGUGUCUAAUGAUCUGACUAUACAAGCAUUUGAAGGUUUGAUUGGUGUAGUGAAGAAUGUGUAUAACCCUGCUGACUGUUCCUCAUCAGAACGUUGUAUACUGGCAUAUCUAUAUGAUGCGUAUAGCUCCUGUUGUUACCUUGUCGAGAAGUUUUCUGAGAUGUUCCUGAAUGCCCACCGUAAGAUGAAGAUGACGCUGUAUGCUACUACUACACCACUGGCAUCCAAUUCUUUAUGGGAUCCUUCAUUUAUGAUAGAUUUUAUAAAUAAUACCAAAGCUCAUCAUCAACAUGAGUCUAGCGUAAUCAAACAUUUAACAGACACUCCAGCUAACAGAUAUAGUUUUGUGUGUAAUGCUGUCAUCCAUGUUUGUAAUUCUCCAUCUAUAGAGAGACUGAAUGAGAUUUCCAUUUUAUGUGCUGAACUAACAGCUAGAUAUAAUGCCUUGAGUUCUGAUUGGCUAGGAGUUCUCCAGUCAUUAUGCUGUUCAUCCAAUCAUAGUUGUGGAUUUAUAGACGUAUUAGCACAAUGUGAAGUCAGUGACAUGUCGAUUCACAACAACUUGGCUGUAUUUACCACCAUUUUGGUUGCCAGACAUUGUUUCUCUCUACAAGAUUUAGUUAUUCAUGUUAUACUUCCCUCACUGCUGGCAGUAAAAACAGCCUCAGGAGAUCAGGAUGCUGAACCAGGUGCCAGAUUAACUUGUCAAAUAUUGUUAAGAUUGUUUAAAACAUCAGACAUGAACACUUUCUCUUGGUGUGGUAGUUAUGGCAAGGCAAAUGUGUGCAACAUCAAGUCAUCAUGUGACAAGCACCUGUUGAUAGCAGCCCAUGACAGUAUAUCUGUAGGACCUGUUUUAGCUGUACUCAAAGCUAUGUUAGUUCUAAGUGACUUGUGUAGUGACGAGAAUAGAAGUAAAUCUGGAGGAAAGAAAGACAGUAUGAACGAGAGAGAUAUUAUCAGUUCAUUACUUAAUAGUAUUGGAGAUGAUGAUGAUGUAGACAUGAUGCUUGGCACAUCGAAAUGGAAAGGAAAAGAGUCCUCACUGAGUGAUUUUGCUCGACAUGCCAUGAAGGAAAUGUGUCGACAGGAAUGGGUGCAGGAGAAAUUCCUCAAAGAUCCUGAUGCAGUACUUAGUUCAGAUUUACUCCUUGAUCAAAUGUUGUCCAACAAGCAGGCUCAGCAAAUUCUGCAUAUGAUCUGUUACCCUAAUGGUGUACCUAACCAAGUGGAUGGAGCUGACAUGGAAACCAAGCAGAACAUUCAUAGAGUUCUCCAGAAUCUAAAUCUAUGGGACUUUAGAGUCUGUGCUCUGGAACUACAGCUUAUGUUCAAACAGUGUAGUGCAAUAUCAUUGGACCCUCCAUCAUCACAAUCUGACAAGUCCCUGGUCAAGAAAAGCAGUUCUGUAACGGCAGAAACCAAUUACAUUUUGGAUCAAGUAGCUAGAGGGACUAUUGAGUUACUACACCAACAGACCGAGACAAAUAAACCUUCCACCUACAGCAUGAUAAUGGAACCAGAACAACAAAACAGAGUAAAGAUGGAUAAAGACAGUGUUUGGAUGUUUGGACCAUUGAUAGCAAAGUUACCAAGCCAGGUUCAAGGUCGCAUUUUGAAAUUAGCAGCACAGGUGUUAGAGACUGGGAAUAAUGUCAUAAAUAAAGGAAAAUUUGACAAAGAGAGAAAUCUAAAGAGUAAAUCCUUGUUAGGACACCAGCCUUUCUUAUCACUGGUACUGACCUGUUUAAAGGGACAAGAUGAACAGAGAGAAGGACUUCUAUGUUCAUUACUUCACCAACAGUUCAUCAAUAAUUGUAAAGAUGCAUUGGAUAAAACCCCUGAUGAAUUCAAAGAAAGGCAGAACAUCCAUGAGGCUUUACAAUUACGACUUUCCUUGGUUGGUGGUAUGUUUGAUACCAUCCAAAGAAACAACUCUAAUACCACGGAUUGGACAUUUCUGUUACUACAACUGGUUACUAGUGGUAUUGUGGACUCUCAAUCUAACAGUGAAUUAUUUACCAACAUUUUGGAUAUGUUGUGUGUACUUAUACAUGGAACUCUUGUAAAUGAUGGAAUGGAAAAAGGUGAAGAAAACACGAAGGCCUACACAACAUUGAUCAAAAAGCUGAGGAAAGAGUUCAGUGACAAAUUACAGUCUGAGUCAUUAGACAAAAUCCGACAGUUACUUCCCCUUCCUAAGAGAUAUUAUGAAGUAAUUGUUUGUGAACCCCAUGGUACACAGGUGGAUAGUAAAGGCAAUAAAUUUGAUGGAUUUAGUAAGAAACAGGGAUUUCAAGUAUCAAAGAAGGAGAGGAUCAGUCCGUGGGAAGUUAUAGAGGGAUUCAAAUAUCCACCACCUUUAUCAUGGACAUUCUUUGGUGCUGUUAGGCUAGAGAAGAAACCACUUAAAUAUGAGGAACAACACAGAGUACAACUGUACCAUACACAUGCAUUAAGGAAGAAUCUUAGCUAUUUCUUGGAACCACCAAACUUGCCACCCGAAGAUUUGGAACCACCUCAAGAGAAAGUGGAAGAAAAGCCGAAAGAACCAGCUGAAACAGCUGUUGCAGAAAAGAAAAGAGUAAAGAAGAAAAACAAAAGAACUAACAGUGGCAGUGGCAGUGGUGGAAGUUUCAUCCAGACGCCGAUGGGUGGAUAUGGUAGCCGUAUGGACUACAAUAACCCAGGACCCCCUCCAAGUUGGGGAUCUAUGCAACAGCCAACCCCACCUAAUUAUUACUCUCCAAUGCAACAAGGACCAGGGCCUAGAUUUCCACCUGGACAAUACAGUUCCAAACAAGCCAUUCAGUCUAUGUUACGUGGGCGGGGUAGUAACUACCCUAUCGGAGGAACUAGUCAGCCAUCUUUAAAACAAAUCCAGAUGAUCCAGCAACAACAGCAGUCACAGAUGGUCAGAGCACAGAUUAGAAAUCAAGUCAAUCGCAUGUCUGAUAUGACUCCAUAUGCUCGACAGAUACCAGGGCAAGGAAUGCAUAUAAAUCAACAACCAGGAAUAACACAGCCCUAUAAUCCACCAUACAGUAUGCCUCCACAACCAGCUACAACAGGGGAUAUAACAGGGAACCAGAUCAUGCCUCAGGGUUUUAACCAAUCGUAUCAGAGCUCUCAGAAUCCUAGUAUGUUGCAGCCAAUGGGAAAUCAGCAGGGAUACAUGUCACAACAACCUCACCAACAGCAGUUUAAUACAAGCAGAAUUCAGCCUGGAAUGCAGAAUCCUAACACAGGGAUGUCGAACAUACCAAAUUAUAAUCAGAUGGGAAUGACCCCAUCUCAGGGUCAAGGAACAUUUAUGCAGCAGCGCAUGGUAAGGACACAGCAACAACAACAGGCACAACAAAGACAACAAAUGUUACAACAACAAUUAAGACUCCAACAACAACAGAUGCCUCAGCAGUCUACACAGCCACAACACAAUGCUAAUCUCAUGGCACAACUACAACAACAGAUGGGGGUACGACAGCAACCCAGCAAUGCAUAUAACCCACAGUAUCAACAACCUCCACAGUAUCAGUAGAACCUUCUUUAACAAUAAUUGACACUAGAAGAAUUCCGAGGCAUUCUGUUUAGUAUUAAACAUACAAAGAGAAUGUACGUCCCAGUGUAUACAGUUGAAUUAUUUCUUCAGUUUAGGCAUCAUUAGUAAGACUUUGAUGUUAUAUCAGUAAAAAUAUACCUACACUGUUCUAGGCCUACAGACAGUAAAUGAUUGGCUAUUGUAAUCAGUUUUUCAUACUAUCAUGACAUUUAUAUAAAAACAAUAUGUUUGAUCAAUAUAAGGACAACACUGCUGUCUGUGGAAAGGGUUUUUUAAGGGACAAGACGGCACUCUUAACAUAGCUGAUCAAUUGUAGGACUUACAAUAAUAUCUACUUGUGUCUUUGUGUUAGUUUUUAGUAAGAUCAUAAUACAUUUGGGAUAAAAUGUUACACUUUGGUCCAAAUAUCUGGAAAGGGCAGAUUUUAAAAGAGAUGUAGAGAUUGUGUGUUUUUAUCCAUGAAAAUGUUCAUUGUUUUUGAAACAGACAGAUUUUCCUUUGGAUAAAUGUCUAUAUUAGUGGUCUACAUAAUGGUGCUUUUAAUAAGAUUUAAAAGUGCUUGAUGAAUAUUUGUACAUAUAUAUUGUAGAGUAAGAAACAUGUAAAAUCAUAUGUUAAAUUAUGUAUACUAUUUGUUUAUUGUAAAUCUGAAAUAGGAAGUUUUGUAAAUCCAAAAUCUGUAUUAUUUACAUUGUGUUUGUUCAAGACUAAGACAAGAUCACUACAAGCAGGUUCUAGUAGUAAUCCACAUCCCCUUUCUAAUCUGCCUUAAACAUUUGAUUUAGGGUGUUUCAAUAUAUAUAUAGCAGCAACAAGAUAUUUCAGACUCUUAUUUAUUUAACAUUUAGGAAACAUGAACACAAAAUUGUCUAUGGUAAACAUUGACUGUUAUAAAACUUGAUAAAAUGGCUUCAUGUCAUUAGCAGUUGUUGAGAUCAAAUAUUUUCUGUCUUUUUUCAUCAGAAUAUAAAGUAUUGGCCCCGAAAAUACACGAUUGACUUUAGAUUUGAAAUAUAUGUUAAUUACUUGAAAAGGUAAUAUUUCACAGAUGUAUCAAUGUUAGGUCAUUGUUAUAUGAUUUCAUCAGGGUCCACCACUCAGUCAUAGGAAAUGGAAUUUAUUUCUUUUCUAAUGAGCAAGAAUUAUUAAGUUGUAUAUUGAUCAAAAGCUAGGGCAUAAGUACAUGCUUACAAUGAUACUGCUUAUAAUGUCAAAAUAUUUAAAAACCUUGUUCCUUAAAAAAAAUAUUGAGUAGGAAUGCCAUUAUUUUUCUUUUCAUUUUUAGCUUAUCAUUCUUUCAAGACUCUUAAUCAAAGCUUUAAGACUGGUAUGUGAUGUGAUUACAAUGUAUUAUCAUUAAAACAUUCAAAUAAUCAAUCAAUAAAAUAUAAUCAUCCCAAAUUUUAGAUUUUUGUUGAAUGUUGCAUCUUUUAUUCAGUUUCUUUCAUUAUGGCUAUAUUAAGAAUUUUGUAAUUAUUUAUUUACUGUGUCAUUUAUGAUAUUUUAUUGUUUUCUGAAUGUAAUAUUUUGUACAUUGUUAGUGUUUUGAAUAAAUGUAUUUAUAUGUG